GGUGCUUGGAAUGUGGGAAGAGCUUCAGCCGGAGCACCAUCCUCCUCACGCACCAGCGCAUCCACACUGGGGAACGGCCCUACACGUGUGGAGAAUGUGGGAAGAGCUUCAAUGACAGGUCCAACCUGAUCAACCACCAGCGCAUCCACACUGGGGAACGGCCCUACACGUGUGGGGAAUGUGGGAAGAGCUUCAGCCGGAGCUCCCACCUCCACAUUCACCAGCGCAUCCACAGCAGGGAACGGCCCUACAAGUGUGGGGAAUGUGGGAAGAGCUUUAACCAGAGUUCCCACCUCCACACGCACCAGCUCUUCCACACUGGAGAACGGCUCUACACGUGUGGGGAAUGUGGGAAGAGGUUUCAGACCAGCUCCAGUCUCCUCCUGCAUGAGCGGAUUCACACGGAUGAGAGGCCCUUCUGCUGCACCGACUGCGGGAAGGGCUUCAACCGCAACUCCACCCUCAUCAGGCACCGGCGCAUCCACACAGGGGAGAGGCCCUACAAGUGUGGGGAGUGUGGGAAGAGCUUCACCGACAGCUCUACGUUGACCUCACACCAGCAGACCCACCAAUAA